AUGCCCCCAGACAUGCCGCGCGAAGACUACGCCGGUCCGGCGGCCUACACGGUGUCCUUCAUCGGCCGUACAAUCAAGUACAUCAUCUACGGGACUAUGGGUCUUGGCGCGACGGCCUAUCUAGCCUUCGAAGGCGCGCACGCCUACGUCGAGCACGUAUCCCUUGCGGCGCCGAGCCGGGCGGUGGACGGGGACGAGUGGGCGUGGGCGGACGAGAACCAAGCGUGGACGGGCGGCGUGAAGGGCGGCACAGACUCCCGCCUGGGCUGGCGGGGGCGGCACGCGCUGCGCGGCGCCUGGAUCUGCUGGGAGUGGGGAGCCGGCGAUUCGGGGAGCACGAUCUCGCGCCACCCCGAGUUCAAGCGGGGCAUGAUCGGGGCCUCGCCCGUGAACCGCGUCGACCGGGGAUACGAGCUGGCCGAGGAAUACAUUGACGCGGCGAUCCGCGUCGCCGAGGCAAAAAUGGCCUUCCCGCCACACCUCCCGGGGCUGCGCGAGCCGGGCCCCGCCGGACUCGCCGCGCCGUCCGUGCCCGCCGACCCGACGGCGCUCGACCUCCUCACCCUCAAAGCUGGCGUGCUCGAGCGCAUGGGUCCCGAGACCCUCGACCACGCGCGCGAGCUUUACGAGCGCGUCGCGACGGCAUAUGUCGGCGUCGACGCGGCCAAGGACGGGGCGGUGAAGGCCGCGCGUGCGAUGCGGCUCGCGCACAAGCUCGGCGACCUCGCGCAGCGCGCUGCCGAGCCCGACGUCGCGCGCGCGUGGUGGGCUUGGGGCCUUGAGCGCGCUGCUCUGUCGCUCCCCACCGCCGACUCGCCCGUGGCCGCUGCGUCCGGCGCGAGCGGCUGGUGGCCAUUUGGCGGCUCCGGCUCCGCCGCGCCCUCGACCGCGACGAGCGCCGACGACCUGCCGACUUCCGCGCCCCUCCCCGCGCCCAUCGUCCGCGCUGCCGUCUCGAUCCUCGUCUCCGCCUCCGCGGCGUCCGCGCAGUCCGGCGCACUCCCCGCCGCCGCGGCGAUCCAGGCUGAAGCCCUCCGCCUGCUCCCGCCUGCCGUGCAGCCAUCGGUGCCCGGCCCCGGACAGGGUGCGUCCGGUCUCCAAAAGCUGUGGGAGGUGCAGCGGCGCGCGCUGCUCACACUGCACGCGGCGAGCGUCGCCCACGCGCAGGGCACGAAGGGCGUCUCGCCGCUCGAGAUGAGCGCCGAAGCAGCCGAGGCGUCCGAGGCCCUCCUCUCGGUCCUGAACCCCACGUUGCCCGCCGCGCUGGCGCAGCCGCGCGGCAACGUGUGCACGCAGCCCGCGAAGCGGCUCGUGCGGGACACGCUGACGACGGGCGCGGAAGCGUAUUACACGGAAGCGGCGUUGCUCGAGCGCUCGGCGGCGGGGCGGCGCGACAAGUCGGACGCGCUGCACCGCCUCGAGCAUGCGGCGGAGAGCUACGAGCGCGCCAUGUCCCUCUCGGCGGCGGAGGAGGGGCAGGUCCCCGCCAGCGGGUUUGGCGAGGAGGACGCGAUCGGACGCGGCGAAGAGUGGACACGGUACUGGCGCGGAUAUGUGCGUGUGCGCGACAAGAUGGUCCGGCUUGUGGAGGAGGGGGCUGUGCCGACCAAGCAUGCGUAG